GGGGUACAUUGACGACGACAAUGAACAGUCCCAGCGAGAGACAGAGACGAAUGCUGCAGACCUCGACAUCGGUGGGGAGUGUGAGGUAGGGGAGCCUGAUCCCACUUCGGAGAUACCAGAGUAUACAUUUUCACCUGGCUGUAACCCUCCACGUCCUGAUGCAACCCCUUUGGAGCUCUUCAAGAUGCUACUGACCGACAGCAUCCUCGACAAGAUAGUCGAACAGACAAACCUGUACGCCAGCCAGUACAGCAGUCAUGAUCUCCCUCCUCGGUCAAGAGUGCACAGUUGGACCAAGGAACCAUUCACCAGAGACGAGCUCCACAAAUUCCUCUCCCUCAUCAUUGUCAUGGGUCUGGUAAACCUCCCUACUGUUGAGGGUCACUGGUCUACUACAUGGCCUUACUCCAGCCUAGCUUGCUCAAAAGUAAGCUAGGCACCAAAAAUAUGUACGUAUGAAAGCACUAAAACAAUGAACACGUGCAGAAUACUGUCAAUAUAAACUGUACUUGCACUUCAGGUCCUGAAAAGAGAUUGAUUUUCCCUGACUUUUCACCUGAAAUAGAUGUAAAACACUCAAGUCAAUACAUACAAUGCCUAUAUAUCUGUAUUUUAGGUGCUGAAAAGAGAUCGAUUUUCCCUGAUCAUGAAAUUCCUCCAUCUCAAUGACAACUCCUGCUACAUCCCAAAAGGGCAACCAGGUCACGAUCGUCUUUAUAAGCUUCGACCCCUGCUGGAUCCCCUCAUUGCCAACUUCCAAGCAUCCUACACCCUUCACAGGGAGUUGUCAGUCGAUGAGGCAAUGGUGGGUUUCAAGGGGCGGCUGUUUUUCAUACAGUACCUACCCAAGAAGCCCACCAAGUGGGGCAUGAAGGCCUACGUCCUAGCUGACAGCUGUACGGGAUACGUAUACAACUGGAGGCUGUACACAGGGAAAGAUGAAUCGUUGGAUCUGGGAGACCGCAACCACACGCAUGCAAUUGUUGUGGUAUUGCUGAAAGGCCUGGAGGGCAGAGGUCACCAUGUCUACACGGACAACUACUACAGUAGUCCUGCUCUCUUCUCCGAACUACAUGACCUUGGAUUUGGGGCAUGUGGAACUGUCCGAGUCAAUCGUCGCGGGCUGCCACCUGAGAUGAAGACAACACUGGCAAAGGGAGAUACCAUUUCUGCGCAGGUGGACGACUCAAUGAUGGCUCUCAAGUGGAUGGACAAAAGGGCAGUGUCAAUGCUCAGCACCAUCCACGACAACUCCAUGACCACAAAGGUUCGCCGCACACGUCGGGCUGUGGGAGGGCAAGAAGAAAUCAGAAAACCAGUUGUCGUGGAGCAGUACAACAAGUACAUGGGUGGAGUGGAUCGCUCCGACCAGCUCCUUUCCUACUAUGGCUUUAGCCACAGGACAGUGAAGUGGUGGAAAAGGGCAGCUUUCCACUUGAUUGACAUGGCAAUUGUCAAUGCAUACAUCAUGCACACAUCAUCUGCGACGACUGGCAAGAAGCUUACCCAUGAGCAGUUUCGUAUCGAGCUUGCAAAGGAGCUGCUCCUUCAAGCCUCAGUGGAUGUCUCAGAGAGCACCCCAGUCAGCGACGGACGAAUUCAACGUCCACUUCCUCCCCAGGCCCGACUUACAGAACGCCACUUCCCAGAUCAUCUUCCAUCUACACCAUGUGGAAAGAAGGCACAAACAGACUGUGUAGUGUGCAGCAAAAAACGGGGACGCGGACGCAAAACAACAACAUACAUGUGCAAGCAGUGCAAGCUACCUAUGUGCCCUAUACCCUGCUUUGAACUUUACCACACAAAAGUAGAUCCACAGAGGUACCUAUAAUCGUGUUAUUAUACAUCCAACAAACGCACCUUUGUCUUCCAUUCGUCCUUCUAUCACUUUUGCCUUCCAUUCAUCCUUCAGUUUAGUGUAAAAUAGUCCUAGAGAUAAUAAAAAUACAGCCUGAACUCAGCAUGAAUGAGCUAAAGAACGAUAAAAAUAGGUUAUAACUUACUUCUUUCCGUCAAAACGGUCUUGUCAUCUUGUAAACAACACGAGAACGCGGUAAAACACUUGAGUAUCCAGCGUGGGGGUCUCAAACUUCUUCCUGCAGCAGCUGACACUUUGUACUGUCCUUCUUCGGUCAUCUGGAGCCAUCUUGGUAGAGCCAACACGCUGUUUCUUGAGCGCACACGACCACACGCGAGCACGGUAAAAACGCGCGUGACAUCCUCCGCGGAUAAAAUUGUACGCGCAAUUUCCGCGCAUGCGCGCAAAGGGUUAAUGUCUUGUCA